AUGGCGACCACCGCUUGGGACGCUCAGGACUUUGAGGUGCUGGAGCCUAUGGAUGCGAAGCCCUGCGAGGCCGGCGACCUCCAGAAGUGGCUGGAAGCCCGGCGCCAGGCGACUUUGGAGCUGAGUGCGGGGACGGUUUUGACCGGCUUCUCCUUCGGAGCCCCGGUCUCCGUCUCCGGCGAGGUGGUCUUCAACACGGGCAUGGUGGCCUACCCGGAGUCCCUCACGGACCCGUCCUACGCGGGCCAGAUCCUGGUCUUCACCUAUCCCCUCGUUGGAAACUACGGGAUCCCUUCCGACGAGCCGGAUGACCUGGGCUUGUCCCGGUGGUUCGAAAGUGACCGCAUCCAUGUGAAGGCCGUCGUCAUCUCGGACUACUCCUACGAGCCUUCCCACUAUUCCUGUGUGCGCACGCUCGGGGACUGGCUGAACAGCCAGGGUGUCCCCGGCAUCUAUGGCGUGGACACGCGCAUGAUCACGAAGAUCAUCCGCCAGGAGGGCGCCAUGUUGGGCAGGCUACUGGUGCAAGGCAGCCGAGGCAGCCACCUCAGCACCAUCCCCUUCGAGGACCCCAACGUGCGAAACCUGGUGGCGGAGGUCUCGCGGCCUGAGAAGCAGACCUUCGCACUCGGCGAUCCUGGCGAGCGCAAGGAUGUGCACAUCAUGGCCGUGGACUGCGGUAUGAAGAACAACAUCAUCCGCUGCCUGGCAAAGCUCGGCGUUCGGCUCACAGUGGUGCCUUGGGAUCACGACUUUACCCAGGAGGACUUUGAUGGCCUCUUCCUCAGCAAUGGACCCGGCGAUCCCAGCAAGUGCACGCAGACCAUCCGGCACGUGAGGCAGGUGAUGCAACAGCGGCCCAACACGCCGAUCUUCGGCAUCUGCCUGGGGAACCAGAUCCUGGCCCUGGCGGCUGGGGCGCGCACCUUCAAGAUGAAGUUCGGCAACCGCGGCAUGAACCAGCCCGUUGUGGACCUCCGCACGCAGCGCUGCUACAUCACCGCGCAGAACCACGGCUUCGCGGUGGACGCCCAGUCCCUGCCCGCAGGCUGGGUGCCCUUGAUGGUGAAUGCCAACGAUGGCACCAACGAAGGCAUCGUCCACAGCUCGCGGCCCUGGUUCUCCGUCCAGUUCCACCCCGAGGCCUGUGGCGGGCCCAUGGACACGGACUUCCUCUUCAAGCAGUUCCUGCAGUUCAUCGCGGACCCGGGGGCCACUGCUGUGACGACCAUCCCCUACUCCAUUCCGCUGAGCUACCGCAAGGUGCUGGUGCUGGGCUCCGGCGGUCUGACGAUUGGCCAGGCAGGGGAGUUCGACUACUCGGGCAGCCAGGCCCUGAAGGCUCUCAAGGAGGCCGGUAUCAUGUCCGUGCUGAUGAACCCCAACAUCGCCACCGUGCAGACAUCGGCGGGCAUGGCGGAUCGUGUCUACUUCCUGCCCGUGACCCCCGAGUUCGUGACCAAGGUCAUCGACCGGGAGCGGCCGGACGGCAUCUUCGUGUCCUUCGGCGGCCAGACGGCCCUGAACUGCGCGGUACGGCUCCACGAGCAGAGGGUCUUCGAGCGCUUCAACGUGCAGGUGCUGGGCACCCCCAUCGAGGCCAUCAUCAAGACCGAGGAUCGGGACCUCUUCAGCCAGGUCGUGGAUGCCUGCGGUGAGCAGAUCGCCGAGAGCUGCUGCUGCGACUCUGUGCUGGAGGCCAUCCGCGCCGCGGAGCAGAUUGGCUACCCGGUGCUGGUAAGGGCGGCCUUUGCCCUUGGGGGCCUGGGCAGCGGCUUCGCCGACAAUGAGAACGAGCUCCGGAAGCUGGUGACCGUGGCGCUGGUGAACAGCCCGCAGGUCAUCAUCGACAAGUCCCUGAAGGGCUGGAAGGAGCUGGAGUACGAGGUGGUGCGGGACAAGAACGACAACUGCAUCACCGUGUGCAACAUGGAAAACUUGGACCCCAUGGGCAUCCACACCGGCGAGUCCAUCGUCAUCGCACCCUCGCAGACGCUGAACAACGAGGAGUACUACCGGCUCCGGCAGUGUGCCCUGAAGAUCAUCCGGCACCUGGGCAUCGUGGGCGAGUGCAACAUCCAGUACGCCGUGGACCCCAAGAGCUCCCAGUUCAGGAUCAUCGAGGUCAACGCCCGGCUCUCGCGCAGCAGCGCUUUGGCUUCCAAGGCCACGGGCUAUCCCUUGGCCUACGUGGCUGCCAAGCUGGCGCUGGGCCACGACCUGGCACAGCUUCGGAACAGCGUGACGCGCUGCACCACCGCCUGCUUCGAGCCGUCCCUGGACUACGUGGUGGCCAAGGUGCCCCGCUGGGACCUCCAGAAGUUCUCCACCGUGGAUGCCCGCAUCGGCUCGGCCAUGCAGAGCGUCGGGGAGGUCAUGGCCAUCGGCCGGACCUUUGAGGAGACCAUCCAGAAGGCCCUUCGCAUGGUCGACGAGGCGAGCCCGGGCUUCGAUCCGGCACGCUUUGAGAUCGAGCUGGACCGGCGGGGUGUCAGCACCUGGGGGCCCGAGCUGGAGAGGGAAGUGCAGAAGGAGCUCAGCAACCCUACCCCUGUGCGGCUUUGGGCCAUGGCCAAAGCCUUCGAGCUGGGGAUGGACGUAUCCGACGUCCACCGCCUCACCAGCAUUGACCGCUGGUUCCUCGCCAAGCUCCAUGGCCUCCACCAGCUCAAGGUGGCGAUGCGGCGCAUGGACUACUACGACCUCAAGAACCAGCCGGCUCUGCUGCGGGAGGCCAAGUGCCGGGGCUUCUCGGACCGGCAGAUCGCAGCAUUGAUUUGCGCCCCAGCCCUGGUGCACAUGGAGAUGUCCCCCAAGCUGCUGCCAGCAGACUUCGGGGCCAGUCGCUAUACCGGCGGCGCUGUCACGGAGGCGCACGUCCGGUACCUGCGGAGGACCGCAGGCAUCGUCCCCAAGGUCAAGCAGAUCGACACACUGGCGGCAGAGUUCCCUGCAGAGACGAACUACCUGUAUCUGACCUACAGCGGGGAGGAGCACGACGUGGAGCUGCCGGGCAGCCAGACGUUCGCAGGCCUGGACGACUUGCCGCCCCACCUGCCACUGCAACCCCUUCAGCCAUCCAUCCCGGAGCCUAUGACGCUGCACGCCACGCACGCCCACACGCCUACCGCGAAGGCGGAGGAGUCCAGGGUGGUGGUGCUUGGCUGUGGGCCCUACAGGAUCGGCAGCAGCGUGGAGUUCGACUGGUGCAGCGUCUCCUGCGUGCGCACGCUGCGGAAGUUGGGGCACCGGGCCGUGGUCGUGAACUGCAAUCCGGAGACGGUCUCGACGGACUUCGACGAGUCCGAUCGGCUCUACUUCGAGGAGCUCAGCCACGAGCGCGUCAUGGACAUCGCAGAGCUGGAGACACCCCGCGGUGUGGUGGUGUCCGUGGGUGGGCAGACGCCCAACAACUUGGCCCUUGGCCUGCACCGCUGCGGCGUGCGCGUCCUGGGCACCUCCGUGGAGGCCAUCGACGCGUGCGAGGACCGCAAGAAGUUCAGCCAGCUCUGUGACCAGCUGCGCAUCGACCAGCCGCAGUGGUCCCAGUUCGAGACGUUGGAGGAGGCACGCAGCUUCUGCCGGGCGGCCGGCUUUCCGGUGCUGGUGCGGCCCUCCUACGUGCUCAGCGGGGCGGCCAUGCGCGUGGUGACCAACGACUCCGAGCUGGAGGUCUUCCUGAAGACAGCUGCCGUGGUCAGCCGCGACCACCCUGUGGUGAUCUCCAAGUACAUCACCGGCGCCAAGGAGGUGGAGCUAGAUGCGGUGGGCAAGGCCGGCGAGCUCGUCAACUACGCUAUCGCGGAGCACAUCGAGAACGCGGGGGUGCACAGCGGAGACGCGUCCUUGCUGCUUCCGGCACAGCGGCUGUUUGUGGAGACACACCGCAAAGUGAAGAGCAUCUCACAGAAGUUGUGCAAGGCCCUCAAGAUUUCGGGGCCCUUCAACAUCCAGUUCAUCUGCAAGGACAACGAAGUCAAGGUCAUCGAGUGCAACUUGAGGGCCUCCCGGUCGAUGCCUUUCAUCUCAAAGACCUACAACGUGAACUUCAUCGAGCUGGCAACCCGAAUCAUGGUAGGAAUGCCAGUGCGCCCGGCGAUCAUCCAGCCAAUGGACAUCGAGUUCGUGGCCUGCAAAGCUCCCAUGUUCUCCUUCGGCCGGCUCAAGAACUCCGACCCGCGGCUGGGUGUGGAGAUGUCCUCCACCGGCGAGGUGGCCUGCUUCGGCGUCAACGCCCACGAGGCAUUCCUGAAGAGCAUGGUGGCCGCGAACUUCAAGCUGCCUUCGCAGGCCAUUCUGGUGUCCUUGGGCCCUCCUGGGGCGAAACGCGAGUUCGUGAGCUCGGGGGCGGCGCGGCAGUUGCUGGACAUGGGCUACGUCCUCUAUGCCACCAAGGGAACGCAUGAGCAUCUGGCAGGUGCCGGGGUGCAGAGCAGCAUGGUCUUCAAGCCCCUGGUGAAGCGGGAGCCGAAUGCCUCCACACUCCUUCAGGGCCGCAAGAUCGACCUGGUCAUCAACGUGCCCGACUCCAUGGACUCGGACGCCCUCACCGACGGCUUCAGGAUCCGCCGGGGCGCCGUGGACGCAGGCACCUCACUGAUCACCGACAUCAAGACCGCCAUCUUCAUGUGCCACGCCUUGCAUCGGAAGUGGACCAGGGAGACCAGCGGGAAACCCUUCUGGGACAUCUGCUCCUGGCAGGAGCCGGUCCUCCUGGUAGCCGAGUCGCUCGGCGCGGUCGUCGCGCUGAGCUUGGCGGUGAAGCGGCCCAACCUGCCUCAGGCGCUUUGCUUGCUGAACCCAGCUACGAGCUACCGUAGAAGCGCGCUCUCACUGGUGGCUCCAGUGCUGCCGCGCCUCCCCGAGCAGCUGUACUCGUCGCUGCCUGCGGUAGUCACGCCCCUCUUUGGCAAGCUGGGCUGGUAUGACCAAGUCGUUCAAGAAGAUUCUGCGACAUUCGUCCCAUUGGUAAAGGCGUUCGGCAUGUCACCUGUCCUCCCUCCCGACACGCUCCAGUUCCGCGAGUCAUCGUACCUGCGAGAGGGCGUACGCCGGCUGGAGCCCCUGCUGCAGCUUGGAUUGGACCUGCAGGCCGGCGAUGCAGAUGCCGUGCUGCCCUCCGUGGCAGAGACGGAGAGGUUGCUGAAGUUGCUGCCAGGCGCCCAGCGCAAGAUCAUCCCUGGCGGGCCCCAUGCAUGCUUCGAUGACACGGCGAGUGUCAACUUGCUAUCGCUGCUGACGGACGCUGGCAUUCUGCAGUCCUUGACCAAGGCCGACCCUGCGGAGCUGCGGCUCGAGCCAGAAAGCUGGCUGGACGCGUCGCUUUUGCAGGCGAAGACGUGGGUGUCGCCAGUGUUCCUGUCCGUGCUGCCUGGGGGUCGCAUUGCGCGAGGGCUCCCACGGCUGGCGCCGCCUCCUGCGCAAGGGGCCCCGGUCCUCUUUGUCGGAAACCACCAGCUGUUCAGCCUGGAUGGAAUCUUCGUUAUCGAAGAGUUCCUUCGGGAGCAGCGGCGGCUGAUCACCGCCAUGGUGUAUCCGCCAUUGCUAGACGAAGUGUCCCCUCUUGCUCCGCUGCCGUAUCCCUUCCCUGGCUCCCGACAGCUCUUCGAGAAGUUCAAGGUCAUGCCCACAAGUGCCCGGAACCUGCUUCGGGCCCUGCGGCCCAACCGGACAAGUGCUGGCGCGGCGCUGCUUUUCCCUGGCGGAGCUCGGGAGGUCUUCAAAAGAAAGGGUGAAGAGUACCAGCUCUUUUGGCCACCCCAGCCGGAGUUCAUCCGUAUCGCUGCGAAAGUGCUGCCUGCCCUGAGAUGUCUAGGGUUAAGGGUUUAG